AUGAAGCUCUUAUUUCAAGCUCCCAUCCUGCCCUGUCGCGGUUCGACUCCCGCUGAGGGUGUUGAUAAGACCGAUGCGAGGUCGAAACUGCAGUUCACCCUAAAUGAGAACAACUUUUGGGAAAGCAAGGCUAUGGGAAAUUCGAUGGAAACGUCAACUCAACUCAUAUCAUUCUUUCGACAAUCCGCCCUCCGGACAAGACGGCACAUAAUCUCCUCAGCAGAGUCUCACCUCCACACCAUUGCCGCUUUGGCUCGAUUCGACCAGGUAACUGAUCAUGCGUCGAUUCGGGCAAAUCUGACGAAGCAACAACCACAUGAGGUGUUGGACGUCAAAUGCACACCAGAUGGAUACAGUUAUGGCUUUUGCAACUUGGUUGAACACGUGACUCCGCUACCGCCUGAAAAUGUCUACUUUGUCUUGCAGUCUUCAUCCGGAGAUUUCGGUGAACAUGGCAAGUCUUUCAUCCUCUUACAUUGCCAGAUAUUUGCUCAGAUGCAUGCAUAUACUUCUUGA